AUGUAUUUACCCACGUUUAUCGCGACAGCACUCAGUGUCUCAGGGUUGGUAGCAGCAGUCCAACUACCAAAUAUUGAGGGAACGUUCAUGAAACGUGAGGUCCAGCACCCCAACGGCAGCACAGUUGACGUAUACCUUCGGGAUUCGUUCCGCCACGCCAACGACAAGCGCUUCUAUAAGACCUUCCACAACGACACGGAGUACACACAUACUGAAAUAUGCUUCGAGACUAAUUUCGUUCCGACCACGACUGCGGACUCGGCACUUUGCGAUGACUGCUCGGCUAUCGAGAACGAGUUGAAAGAGAAUUCUGGCUUCUUCGAAACGGGAGAUUACAGCGGUACCAACCUCAACCUUCUUGCAGUGUGUGGAACCUGCGCGUUUGGGGUGAAGCGCCUUGAUGGAUCAAGCGCACGAGUCGACAUUGGCAGUAAAGACGUCGUGGACAAUUUCGACUCGGCUAUCAUCAGAUUUGCUCGCGGAGGCCACGUAGGCGUUACUGGCAACUUUACAUGCCAGUCGGCCCCUAUCAAUUGGGCAAUAGUGAGGGCACCUUGA